AUGCUCGACUGUUGGGGUAUAGUAACUCAAAAAGGGAAAAUCCGAAUCCUUAUAGAAUCACCAGAGCGUGUCCGUUUGCCUGUUCAUAAGUCUGCCACAAUUAAUUUACUCAAAAAUACGAUGCUGCGCGAUCUUGAUAAUUUCAUCAUGGAAAAUAUUGGUCUCGAAAUAUUUAUCAUUAUAUAUAAUAAUAGUGAGCAUUUAUUUCUCUCCAAAAACGGGAUCCUUAAACAGACAAUUCCACCCGAUAUUGAUGAUGAAACAAGCAGUAGCGAAGUGACAGUCAAAGAAGGUGAAGAUGCAGCUCUACGAUGUGUAGCGUCUGGAACACCUCCACCUGGUAUUGCAUGGCGCAGAGAAGAUUCGAGACACUUCAAGAUUAACAACCAAACUCUAGGAUCCAAGUACAAGCUAAGCGCAUCGUCGCGUGGAUAUCGGCAUACAUUGAAUCUCCUAGUGUCAGAUAUGUCUAUAGAAGACGCGGGCGCGUAUAGAUGUCACGUGGAAAACAAUCAAGGGAAAGCUCAAGCUGAGUUGUUUUUACACAUGUUAACUACUACGACUACAACAACAACAACGACGACGACUACAACAACAACUACAACAACUACUACCACACCACCACCAAUAACGACAACGUUGCCAUUUGACAGUGAGAGUCAUCUGGAGCAUUUGCAUCGAGGCGUCCUGCAAGAUCCAGAUUUGGAAAAUCCAUAUAUUGUACUCAGUCAACACCAAAUGCAGAACCUCGGUAAGUAG